AUGGUGCGCCCGAGCCUGAUGGCGAAGAAUACCGACAUGCGCUGGCGCUUACCUUUGGUUUGCCUCCUCUGGGAGGUGGCCAUGAUCAUCCUUUUUGGGAUUUUCGUGCGCUUCAACCCGGAGGCUAACGUGGCUGAUUGGGAGAAGGAGAAACAGCAAAGGAACAUCUCCGAUAUUGAGAAUGAAUUCUACUUCAGAUACCCCUCUUUCCAAGAUGUCCAUGUGAUGAUUUUCGUGGGCUUUGGCUUCCUCAUGACCUUCCUUCAACGCUAUGGCUUUGGCGGUGUUGGCUUCAACUUUCUCCUCGCUGCCUUUGGGAUCCAGUGGGCUCUCCUGAUGCAGGGCUGGCUCCAUACCUUUCAGCAUGGGAAGAUACUCAUUGGAGUGGAAAGCCUGAUUAAUGCAGAUUUCUGCGUGGGUUCUGUUUGUAUCGCCUUCGGUGCCAUUUUGGGCAAAGUCAGUCCCGUCCAGCUCCUCAUUAUGACACUGUUUCAAGUGACCCUCUUCUCCGUCAAUGAAUAUAUCCUGCUUGAUCUGCUCCAUGUGAAAGAUGCUGGUGGAUCCAUGACAAUUCAUACGUUUGGUGCUUACUUUGGCCUAACGGUGACCUCUAUUUUGUACCGGCCCAACCUGGAGCAGACCAAAGAAAAGCAGGAAUCUGUUUACCAUUCAGACCUUUUUGCCAUGAUUGGCACCUUGUUUCUGUGGAUGUACUGGCCCAGUUUUAACUCCGCCAUUUCCAAUCACGGGGACGCACAGCACCGGGCGGCCAUCAACACCUACUGUUCACUUGCUGCGUGUGUCCUGACUUCGGUGGCUUUUUCCAGUCUCUUGCAAAAGAAGGGAAAGUUGGACAUGGUCCAUAUUCAAAAUGCCACCCUGGCCGGAGGUGUGGCUGUAGGAACUGCUGCUGAAAUGAUGCUGACCCCAUACGGUGCCCUCAUUGUGGGCUUCAUCUGUGGCAUCGUGACGACCACUGGAUACGUCUACAUCACACCUUUCCUGGAUGCUAAGCUCCAUAUCCAAGACACCUGCGGUGUCCACAACCUUCACGGAAUGCCAGGUUUAAUUGGAGGCAUUGUGGGGGCCGUCACUGCUGCUGCGGCUACAGAAGGAGUCUACGGAAAGAAAGGGCUCACCAACAUGUUUGACUUCACCGGAGAAUACCAGGAUCGAACGCCUAGCAUUCAAGGGGGAUUCCAAGCGGCUGGCAUUGCAGUAUCACUAGCUAUGGCUCUGGUGGGAGGAGCUAUUGUAGGUGGCAUUUUGAAACUGCCCUUCUUUGGCGACCCUACAGAUGAAAACUGCUUUGAAGAUAAUGUCUACUGGGAAAUAAUGCCAGAGUACCUCAAUGUUGCCUCCAAAUUUUAUUUAAAACGGGAUCUAGAAGGCAAAGUGGCGUGA